CUUGGAUCUGCACCCGGCGUGUGUGCCCAGUUGCUGUAUAACAAAGACCUGCACAUGGCAAGCGCAAGCCGCGUGCUCCUCUUCUGCCUCCUCUCUCCGCUGCUGGCACUCCCUCUCUGCGGCUACGUGUUCGUCCUCGCCGCCGCGAUCGCCCACAAGCUGCAUGGGCCGCGGCAGCCGGCCGGGCCGCCUCCGGCCGACGCUCAGCGCUCGCCGGGCUGCGGCCAGCCUUCUCACGAGCGGACGGGGCAGGCAGUCUACCGGACGCUCGACGUGGGAGGCGUCGAGCGCGAGUACCUGCUCUGGCUGCCAGAGGGGUACGACCCGGAGCGGCCGUAUCCGCUGCUGCUCUCUCUGCACGGCGCGACAAACUCGCCGGUGUUGAUGGCGAUGCAAGAUCAGCUGCACUGCCUCGCCGACACCGCGCCCUUCAUCGUCGCGUGGCCGGCGGGCUACUACCGCGAUAACCCGUACCGCUACUCCUCCUGGAAUGUGCCCGGCGCCACCGCUCGCGGCGACAGCGCCGAGGAUGGCGCACCUUGCAUCCGCAACCCGCUCACUGGGGAGUGGGGGUCGGUGGACCACCCGGAAUUCGUCUCGUACGACUCAUGCGAGUACGGCGGCGGCGGUGCGUCGGACCCCACCCGCUGCUUCUCCGCCGCUUGCGUCGACGACUUCGGGUUUGGCGCGGCGCUAGUCGAGGCGCUUGAGCAGGAGUUCUGCGUCGACGUGGGGCGGCUGUCGCUGCACGGUCACUCGAUGGGCGGGCUGAUGGCGCUCACGCUCGCCUCCGCCCCGCCGCUCAACGCUCGCGUCCGCGCCGUCGUCGCGCACGCGGCUGCGCCCUUCGCGGGGUACAACUCGCCACCCUCUCCGCACGCGGUGCCUCUGCUCAAGCACGACGCGAGGGAGGACUGGGUGGUGCCGCCCUACGCCGCAGCCUCGAUGACGCCUGGCCAGCUCGGCCCCCUCAACGGCACGGUCGGCGAGGGCGGCUGGCUCUACACCCGCUCCGUCGAAGUGACCGCCGCUUGGGCCUCCGCCUUUGACUCCGCCGCGGAGCAAGGCGGAGGGGCGGCAGACUUGCGGCCGGCGGGCUCGGGCGUGGCCUCUGCGCUGGACGGGUACCGCGGCUUCGGGUGCGAGAUGCGAGAGGGGCGGGCCGAGGUCCUCACAUGCGAGGGAAGCUGGACCCACUCGUUCGCCCUCGCUACGCCCCUCAACGCGCCCGCCGGGAUCGAGCUCGCCUCGAUCGCGUACGACUUCGUCUCGCGCUUCGUCCGCGCCGCCGACGGUUCGCUCGCCGCCGCCGCCGGCGAGGAGGACGCCUCCCCUUCGCCGCCGCCGCUCGGCGCCUCGCGCCUCUCCCUCGACGCGUGCGCCUCCUUCGGGCCGUACCGUGCGGCGGCGAUGCUGGCGCCCGGCCUGCUCGCCGAGCUGGCGCGCCGCUACCCGCCCGCCGGCGCCGCGCUCAUCGUCGGCAUCGUGAUCGGAGGCGUGGAGUGCGUGCUGCUCUGCCUGCUGCUCGGCGCAUCGGCCAUCGCCGCCGUACGCGCGCUCGCAAAGUCGCACACCAGAUCGCAUCUGCCGGUCCGCCUCUUUGGCCACGCGUCGUUGACCUGAGACUGGCCGCGCUUUUUUAUUC